ACCAAAGUGAGUCGUCGUUUUCUCUGUCUCCACAGUAUGACUCAUUUUAUUUAAAUAACUCUGCUAACACUGACUACGAGCCGCCUGUGAAAAGAAAACAUGCUUUUAAGAGUUGAGCAAGCUCCUGCAACUACACUUACACAAAAGACACUUUAAUUGAGAGGCUUCGAGACAAAGGCACAAAAAUCGAAGAUUGUUGUUUUGCCUGAUGUGGUUGGUUGUUGCAGCACCCAUUCUUUGAAGGUGGUCAUUGUUUCAAAUGCAAGAAAGACUUCACAGAAACACUGCAUCGCUACGAUGAAGAUGGCUACCAGUCGUACUGCACCGUGUGCUGUGGCGAGUCAGAGGUCAUGUUUCUGUAAGGAGUGCGUGGAGAUCCUAGUGGGAGAGGUAACCUUUUGUGAGCUUUUGUCAGAAGUGUCAACAAUGCAAUAAAGCCCAACUUUUAGGACAAAUUUGCGGCACUGUGUAAAGUGAAUCUCUAGAAGGUCCAAUUCACUAUAAUGAGGUAGGUAGUAUAUGCUGAAUGAUCGAUGCAAAGGGUGAAUUAGAUUCUUUGAGAGGCUCUCAUUGCCUGUGAUGAACAAUGUAUAUGUUUUAUACAUACGUUUUAUUUUGAAGGAUGCUACACAGGAAGUACUGCUUUUACUAUUUCUGUUUGACAAAUGUUCUUAAUAAAAUCCAGGUGUUACCAAUGUGAAAGAUAUUGAGCUGCUACAUUUACCAGCCAACACAGUGCGAGGGUAAGCUGAAAACUCAGGCCAGACUGGAGCGUCAAAGUCCAAGACUUUGCCAAUGACAGCGCCAUGGAGUUCGAGCCUCUUACAGAUUACCCGGCCAUUGCUGCAGAUAGACACAAGCCCUUGAAGGUUCUGUCGCUCUUUGACGGUAUUACAACAGGAUACCUGGGGCUCAAGGACCUUGGCUUCAAGGUGGAACGCUACAUUCCGUCAGAGAUUUGUGAGGAUUCCAUCGCGGUGGGUAUGAUCAAGCACGCUGGCAAGAUUGAAUACGUCAGCGACGUCUGCACCAUCACAAGGAAACACCUCGCUGAAUGGGGCCCUUUUGACCUGCUGAUUGGAGGAAGUCCUUGCAACGACCUCUUCAUGGUCAAUCCCAUACGGAAAGAAUGAACAGAAAAGUUAUUAAAGCGCAAGUGGUGGGGAUGCGGAGAGACAUUCGGGCGAAAGGGUGGAAGUCGGGUGCUUCGAGCUGUGAAAUGUAUGCUAUGAGAAUGUAACUGUUGCCCUCUGUGAUGGUACGACCUCUUUCAAGAUGACUUUUCAGUAAUCUGUCUAGCCAAGUCACAGAGGGCAACAUUUACGUUUUCGCCCAUUUCAUGGCGGAGGCGGGAAACCCCAACCUGCUCCGGUGUCAGAACAGCAGCAAAAUCUACAUGGGGGCGGAGGUGGACUGCAGCGAUGCCUUAAGGGCUAAGGCACUCAACCUCAUUUUCCCCGUCAUUGCAAAUGUCUCUCAGCGAGGUGAUUUAAAAAAAAAAAACUCCUGAGCGGCUGGUAAACAUUGAGGGACACGUCAAAAA